AAGGAUAUUUUAUAAAUAACGUAGAAAUCAUAAUAAUGAAAAAAUAAAUUUUAUGAUAAAUCUAGUUGGUCAACGCGCAUAAGUCGUGCAUAGUUGAUCGAACUCUUAUGUCGAAAAAAUGGCGCUCUCUUGUGCGAUCUCCAACGAAGUACCGGAACACCCUGUUUUAUCUCCUGUCUCGGGUUCUAUAUUUGAAAAACGUCUCAUCGAGAAGUAUGUUACUGAAAAUGGAGUGGAUCCUAUCACUGGCAAAGAGUUGACCAUAGAUCAAUUAAUUGAUGUCAAAACAACUCCCAUUGUAAAACCUAAGCCACCCAGUGCUACAUCAAUACCUGCUAUUUUGAAAAUAUUGCAGGACGAAUGGGAUGCUGUUAUGCUACAUUCGUUUACUCUUAGACAACAAUUACAAACAGCUCGACAAGAGUUGUCUCAUGCUUUAUAUCAACAUGAUGCGGCUUGUCGAGUAAUUGCUAGAUUAACGAAAGAAGUUACAGCAGCCCGAGAAGCUUUGGCUACUCUCAAACCACAAGCUGGAAUUGUUCAAGCAACAGUUAUUCCACAACCGGCUGUAGCUGUAGAAGCCGGUGGUACAGCUGCUCAGCCAAUGGAACAAGCCGGUAUUACUGAUGAUGUUAUUCAAAAAUUACAAGAAAGAGCUACAGUUCUUACCCAGGAAAGGAAACGGCGGGGACGUUCGGUUCCGGAAGAUCUACUGCCUCAAGAUAGCAUCAGAGCGUUCCAAACUCUUGCAUCUCACCCUGGUCUCCAUUCGGCUAGUGUACCUGGAAUUUUGGCAUUGGACAUUCAUGGUGCAGAUACAAGCAAAAUUUUAACUGGUGGUGCUGAUAAAAAUGCAACUGUAUUUAAUAAGGAUACAGAACAAGUUGUUGCUAUUUUAAAAGGCCAUACUAAGAAGGUAACUCGAGUAAUUUAUCAUCCCGAAGAAGACAUAGUGAUGACUGCAUCACCUGAUACUACAAUUAGAGUAUGGAAUGUUGCUACGAGUCAAACGACUUUGUUACUGAAGGCUCAUGAUGCUCCUGUAACUGGAUUGUCAUUGCAUCCAACUGGAGAUUAUCUAUUAAGUUCAUCAUUGGAUCAACAUUGGGCAUUUUCUGAUAUUCGUACUGGAAGAUUAUUGACCAAGGUGGCUGGUCAAGCUGGUCAGCCAUUAACGACAGCACAAUUCCAUCCCGAUGGAUUAAUUUUCGGUACUGGUACAGCUGAUUCCCAAGUGAAAAUCUGGGAUUUGAAGGAACAAUCAAACGUGGCGAAUUUCCCUGGUCAUUCAGGUCCAAUCACAGCUAUUAGUUUCUCAGAAAAUGGUUAUUAUUUGGCUACAGCUGCUGAGGAUUCCUGUGUCAAACUCUGGGAUCUGCGAAAAUUGAAAAAUUUCAAAACAUUACAAUUGGAGGAAUCCUAUGAAGUAAAGGACAUAUGUUUUGACCAAAGCGGUACCUAUCUAGCUGUAGCUGGAACGGAUGUUAGAGUGUAUUUGUGUAAACAAUGGCAAGAGUUGAAAGUAUUGAAUGAUCAUACAGCAACAGCGACAGGUGUACGUUUUGGAAAACAUGCACAGUACAUAGCAUCCACUAGUAUGGACAGAACAUUAAAACUUUAUGGUCUCCCUUAAAUCGAAUUUAUAGGAAUGUGACAAUUAUUUUAAGAACUAUGUAGACUUAUACAUUAUUUCUACAUGAGUUUAUUAAGACAUGCCCGAUACUAUUUUGUUCCGAUAGGCAUCGUCGAUUAAUUUAGAUUAUCUCUUAAUUUAAUACACAUUUCUUAUGUAUGGUAAUAGUUUAAAAAUUUCGUGAUUGAAUGCGAUUAUAUAUAAUGACUUCUUUUGGAAGUAAUUAAAGGACAAUAUGAUUGAAAGAAAUAAUUUAAUAGGAUGUUCAACAAAAUAUGCUUGUUUUAAUAAUGUAAAAAAAAAAAAUCAAAUCGAUCAUAACAUAAUAAAAUUUUUAUACAACAUUA